GUUAUCAGCUGGCGGCGCCUUAGUGAGAGCAGAGCGGAGAGAAGCGAGGAGACGAGCUGAUGGUUCCAUCAAACCCACUGACACACCACUGACACCCCGCCUCAGGCUCACUGACACCCCGCCUCAGGCUCACUGCACCCGCCUCAGGCUCACUGACACCCCGCCUCAGGCUCACUGACACCCCGCCUCAGGCUCACCGACUCCCCGCCUCAGGCUCACCGACUCCCCGCAGGCUGAGCAGGACACAUGCUCUUCUCUCCCCGCUGACCCACCGACACACAGACCAGCACAGGAGCCAUAUUUUGGGAGUUGGACCGAGAUCUUCCUCAGAGACGAGAAGUUCGCAGCUGCUCAACUUUCCAACAUUUGCUCCUCUUCCUCCUCCAGGAAGCGUCGGGACAGGGAGAAGCGGCCCGACUCCUGAACACCACCAGCCCGCCCCGAGCCUUCUCUUUCUCCCCUGAACUUAUUUUUGUUCGCCGUUCUUUUUCUCCGAGCGAGUCUGGUGUUUCAUGUCCACAAAUGUUAGCGAUCGGGCAGAUGGAGGCUAACCGGCAGAGUGCUUUCGUCCUGGGCAGCACCCCGCUGGCGGCGUUGCACAACAUGACCGAGAUGAAGACGUCCCUGUUCCCGUACGCGCUGCAGCACGGCCCGGGGGGCUUCAAGGCGCCUUCGCUGUCCAACCUCAACUCCCACCUCGCCUUAGGAACUCCGCACGGAAUAAGCGACAUCUUGGGGAGACCCAUCACCACAGCCGGGCAGCUGCUGUCCGGCUUCCCGAGGAUAAACGGCCUGGCCACCACCGCAGCCGCCGCGGCGGCGGCAGGGAUGUACUUCAGCCCGGCGGUGUCGCGGUACCCGAAGCCCCUGGCCGAGCUGCCGGGGAGGGCGCCCAUCUUCUGGCCCGGGGUGAUGCAGGGCAAUCCCUGGAGGGACCCGCGGCUCCACUGUCCCUCUCAGGCCAGCCUCAUGAUGGACAAGGACGGAAAGAAGAAGCACUCCAGACCCACUUUUUCAGGGCAGCAGAUUUUCGCCCUGGAGAAGACCUUCGAGCAGACCAAGUACCUGGCGGGUCCGGAGAGAGCCCGCCUGGCUUAUUCUUUAGGGAUGACCGAGAGCCAAGUCAAGGUCUGGUUCCAGAACAGGAGAACCAAAUGGCGGAAGAGGCACGCGGCGGAGAUGGCCACGGCCAAGAAGAAGCACGACUCGGAGACGGAGAAGAUGAAGGAGAGCUCGGACAACGAGGAGGACGACGAGUACAACAAACCGCUGGACCCCAACUCGGACGACGAGAAAAUCACGAGACUGUUGAAAAAGCACAAGGCCACCAACCUGGCGCUGAUCAGCCCGUGCAGCAACAGCUCGGACACUUUGUGAUGCCCACAGCUGGGGGGGCAAAAGUGGGGGUGGGGGCAAAGAGUCCAACAGGGACUCGACGCACUCUUUCGGACCCCCUUUCCACCUGACUGCUGCGAACAUGCGUCUGAGGGGGAUGCGCAAUUUUGAGAAAUCCAAGUGUGCGCCAUGACGCAUGGAAGACGCGUUUGGCUGCAUCCGAACCCACUUAAACACCCACACACACACACACACACGCACACACUCACUCAGACACACACGCACUGUAUGCACGGAGAUGUGACUCCAGGCAGAGCUGCAGACUGUCGGUGAAAAAGGACACACAUGUCGGACUGUAUCUGGCAGUUUAACGCAUACCAGAGGAGUUUCAACAACAGGUGUAAAUGUAAAAUACAACAUUCCGGAUCAGUGUUGGACUCAGUCGCUUUGGUAGUAACGAAUACAGCUGAUUCACUUUUCUCAUAGCUAAUGACACUUGUUUCAUUAUUUUAUUUUCACCUGCACACACACAAUGUGCGGCCUCUUGUCACCUUGAAGGGUGCGGGUCACGUCUGCCCUGUAUGGGAAUAGUCCUGUCAGCACUGAUGCGAUAUUUUCAUCUGAAAACAAAGUGACAUUAUUGUCUCAUUUCCUCAAUAAUUCAGCUGUUUGUGUGAUUUUAAACCUCUUUAAACAAAAGCCUCGUUUUCCUUUGACGCAGUCUCACGACAGGUGUCUGUUUAACCUUUUACCAGAGGGGAUUUAUCCGCAGCCAACACUGAUCCGGAUCUCAGACGCAUGUUACGUUGUGUCAGGUGUGAACGGGGCCUGUGAUGCUUCUAAAGCUCAGUUUAACCAGGGUAUCCACUGUCCUAGAAGGCGAGCAGGGGAGAAUGUUUGGAGGGGGCGCGGGUUUGAGACGAGUGAAUGGUUUUUGUGCUGUAGCCUGAGGAUGAAAAAUGUACGUGAGAUUGUGUAUAUAUAUUUUUUACUGAAUAAUAAGUUAUGUUGUUUCCGCCUGUGGAAACGUGGCAGCCUCUUUCUUCCCUCCGCAGCCCUGACGCGCUUAUUCCCUCCCGGUUAUUCCCGCUGCUUGGUUUUGAUUCCUGCAAAGUUAAAGUCGUGCCCUUUUUCUCCAUCUUUUUUUCCCUCUCCAAUCCUCUGUUCAGCACCGGCACACAAAUGUAUAAAACGCUGUAAAUAAUCACUGUAAAGGAAGAAACCCCGCUUGUUUUAACCACGUCACACCCUUUCGUUUCUUUUGGGAUUUUCUUUUUGAAAGAGUUUAUGUUUUUACCUCAACUCACAGCGGAACAGAAAAACUGCACCGAGGUUUAUGUUGGAAUUAAAAGAGUAUUAUUGCUUCCGGGAAGGUUAUAGGAAGAAAAAACACUUUGUAUUAUGAAUAAAUUAUUUAACAAGCAUUUUUGUUUUUUUAUUUUCAUUACGGGUUUGUUUGAAUGUAUGGGCUUAAUAUAAAUUAAAGACAAAUUCAUGACUAUCAAUAAUUGAAUUUCGUUAUUGGCAACAAGGGUGAUUUUAGAGGAUUAAUGCUGAUUUAAGAAUGAUUUAUAUUUUAUUCUGAAUGAUUCAUGACGGAACUGAUAACAAUAAUUAUUAUUAUUGUCAUCAUCAUUAUUUUCAUUAUCAGCAAUAAUAGUCUAAUAAUAGGCUAAAAAAAUCGGAUAAUAAAUAAAAACAAUUCUGUGAA